AUGUUCCGCCUAACCUCCGCCGUUCCUACUCUGAGUAGAACUGUCAGAGUUUCCUCAGUCAGACCUGUAACCGCCUCGCCAUGGGUCCGCCGCCAAUUCCACGCGACGCCAUUCAUCAUGGGUCGCGUAUCAGACGCCAUUAAGGAAGACCACCGUGAGCUGGAGGCGUACUACCAGCGCAUCAUCGACUCAACGGACCUCGACGCGCAGACUCGUUUCCAGAACCUUUUCGUCUGGGAGCUGGCACGGCACUCCAUCAGCGAGGAGCUUGUCAUCUACCCUGCCCUAGAGAAAGAGGUGUCAGGGGGUAAGGCCCUGGCUGAUAAGGACCGCUCAGAGCAUCAAACCGUCAAAGAGAAGCUCUACAAGUUCCAAAAACUAAAGUCUAGCGACCCCGACUUCCUUCCCACUAUCGAAUCGCUCAUGAAGGAUCUCAAGGAACACAUCAAGGAAGAAGAGGAGGAAGACCUAGUCAAGCUUGAGAAGGCCAUUGACAAUGACAAGUCAGAGGCCUUGGCCACCAGCUUUGAGCGAACCAAAAUGUUCACACCGACCAAGAGCCAUCCUGCUGCACCAAACAAGCCGCCAUUUGAGACGGUUGCGGGAUUGAUGGCAGCACCGUUGGAUAAGCUCGUGGAUAUGUUUUCGGCAUUUCCAUCUCAACAGGAGAAAUCUGAUGCUAAGCGUUAA